ACACUCGUACUCGCAUCGUGUCAGUAUGUAAAAGUAAAGUCGGAUUCCAAUUUUGCAUAGUCGGAACAAUGGUUUUAAUCUGAAUACUCGACUCGAAGACUGGUCUUGAAUUGUUUAUAUCAUCUUCAUACAUAUAUGUACGCUUACAUACAUUUUGACGAAUUAAAUAUACGGUUUGAUCGCUGGGAACAUAUGCACAUUGUAUGUUUGAACAUGUACAUAUGUAUGUAUGUUAAAUAAAUUAAAUCGUACCGAUUUGAGUAAAAAAGACUAAAAAUUCGGAUUAUCAAAAUAAAACCGAAGACCAUUUCUAUCAACUCUUGGAAUCAGUAAUUUCGAAUAAUGCAUCCCUCACUGUACUUGCAUUGCUGUAAUGCGAUUUGGAAUAAUGAAUAUGCUUAGACCCACUGGACUAAGAAUAGUCAGAAGUAUAAAUAUAAAUGGAAAGACUUGCUGGGCCCUCCUCAAUUGAUAAGGGUGUCGCGUCUAUAGCAUACAGCAGGAUUCGAUUUUCGCCACGCAAAAUGGACACUGAAAUACAACGUUUUUAUUUGGACAAGACUGUAUUUGUAACAGGCGGCACUGGGUUUUUAGGAAAAGUGAUCAUUGAAAAGAUCCUACGAGCAACAGAUCCGAAACACAUAUAUUUUCUGGUCAGGUCUAAGAAAAACGAGGAUGUCAAGACGCGCGUUGCAAAAUGGAUGAGCCAGCCGAUUUUCGAGGCACUACUAAAGACAAAACCCAGGGCCUUGGAGCUGAUGACACCCAUAGCAGGGGAUUGUCUGGAGCCGGACCUAGGUAUUAGUGAUGCGGAUCGUAAGCUACUGGCAAAAGAGGUGCAGAUUGUUAUUCACGGAGCAGCCACAGUCCGCUUCAACGAGCCCAUGCAUACGGCGCUGGCCAUCAACACGCGGGCCACGCGCCUCAUGCUGCAGCUGGCCAGGGAAAUGCAUCGCUUGGAGGCCUUCGUCCAGAUCUCCACAGCCUACUCCAACUGCGUGCUGGAACACAUUCACGAGCAGUUCUAUCCUGACAAUUUUACCUGCUCUGUGGAUACGGCGCUGCAGCUAAAAGAGACACUGAGCGCCGCGCUUUUGGACAAUAUGACGCCUGCCUUGCUGGGAAAUUUCCCCAACACAUACAGCUAUACGAAGGGCCUGGCAGAGCAAGUGAUCCAAGGUGAGGCGGGUGACCUUCCGGUGUGUAUCUUUCGGCCUGCCAUUAUAUUUGCCAACUAUAAGGAGCCUUCUUCCGGAUGGAUUGACAACCCGUAUGGACUAAUCGCCUUAAUAUACGGCAUUACCUACGGUGUCCUGCACCUAUUGCUUUGCAAUUACAAGGCGCACGCCCCUGUGGUUCCCGGCGAUUAUUGCGGCAACAUGGUCGUGGCUAGCGCAUGGGAAACGGCAAGGAACGCAAAGAAAAAGCCAGUGCCCACCAUUUAUAAUUUCUCACCUAGCAACAAAAAUAUUAUCACCUUUGGGGAUCUCAAAGAUAAGGGCAUGUACAGUGGCAAGCUGGUUCCGAUGACCAAAAUGAUUUGGUACCCGUUUCUACAUGCCACCACAUUUCCUUGGCUGUUUAGUCUGGGCUGCAUCUUUUACCACUAUGUGCCCGGCUUUUUGUACGAUAUCCUCCUGCGGCUGAGUGGCGAAAAACCGCGCCUAGUGAAGGCCUAUCGCAAAGUCCACGAAAAUGUUGUGGCACUGUUCCCCUUCAAUAAGAAAACAUAUUGGUUUAACAGGGAUAACACUGAGGCAUUAUGGGACCAUAUGUCCACGGAAGAUCAAAGCGUGUUCAACUUUAAUAUGGAGAAUAUGAACUGGGACGACUAUUUCAAGUCUACCUUGAAUGGUAUGCGACUACAUUUGUUCAAGGAACCACCGACGACAGCUUCUUUGGAUCAUGGACGUAGGAUUCUAUCUCGGUAUUUUGUUCUACAUUGCGCUGUUCAAGUUCUUCUUGUCUCUGCUGCCGCAUACUUGAUUUGGUUAGUUUUGAGCGUCUUUAUAUAAAUAAGAGUUUAAAUGUAACACGUAAAACGGUAUGUCUCGGUUGAAAAUUGGAAAUAAUA